AUGGGCUCGACUGUUAUAGUUAUUCCAGAUGGAUCAGAAGGGGUUGCUCCCAGCAAAUUAGAAAAGGAAAAAUUCGAUAUUUCUUGUCUACCCAUUAUUUCAUUUCUUAGAGAAAAGAAAAGGAAUAGGCAUGGCAUUAGAAAAGUGAUUCAUAGUAUCAAGGUUGGUGUUGCUCUCGUUUUAGUGUCUCUUCUCUAUAUACUCGAUCCUCUCUAUGAGCAUUUUGGAGAAAAUGCCAUGUGGGCGAUAUUUACUGUGGUGGUUAUCUUCGAGUUCUUUGCAGGCGCUACAUUAAGCAAGGGCUUAAAUCGUGGAAUUGGGACUGUACUAGGAGGUGGAUUGGGUUGUUUAGCUGCAUCUUUCGCUCAAGCGGUCGGUGGGGUUGGCAAAGCUAUAGUUGUUGCUAUUGCUGUCUUCAUAUUUGGUACGGCCGCAACGUACACUCGACAGGUGCCUAACAUUAAGAAAAAAUACGAGUACGGAGCACUAAUAUUCAUUCUCACUUUCAAUCUGGUCGUAGUGUCUGGUUUACGCGCAGAACAAGUCCUGGAAUUAGCCCGUCAGCGUCUCUCAGCCAUUGUCAUGGGCUUCGCUAUCUGCACUUUUAUAAGUUUGCUCGUCUUUCCCAUUUGGGCUAGUGAUGAACUUCAUGACUCUUUAGUCUCAAGAUUUGAAGACCUUGCUUGCUUUCUGGAAGGAUUCUCCAAGGAAUACUUCGUAAAUGUCAAGGAGAAGGAAAAAAAGUUUUGUGGUAAUUUCAGUAGUAAUUGUAAAUUAGUAUUGCAGUCGAAGACAAAGGAUGAAUCAUUGGUAAAUUUUGCAAGAUGGGAACCAUGGCAUGGAAAAUUUGGGUUUUCCUACCCAUGGGGAAAAUACCUAAAAAUAGGAGAGGACCUAAGAGAUUUGGCUACAACCAUCCUUUCACUUAGAGGUCGCCUUAGAUCACCUACCCAGGCAUCAGAAACUCUUCAACAAUCAGUUAUAGAACCAUAUGAAGCAAUUAUGGCAUCACUUGCAUGGACGCUAAAAGAACUUGGAGAAAGCAUCGGAAAGAUGAUACAAUGUCGAUCUGAAGAAACGAUUGUGCCAAAAUUGAAUUCAGUAAGGCUAGAGCUAAGUCUCAUUCUGACUCCUUCCACAUUCGGAACUAAUUUGGAGAAUAUUGAUAGGCUUGGAUUAGCAAGCUUCGUAUAUGCGUUGACGGAGAUGGUAGAAAAAAUGGAAGAAUUGGCCAAAGAAGUGGAAGAACUUGGAAAACUUGGAGGUUUCCAUAAAAAUAUUAGUUUAUCAUAA